GGUGGUGGUGGUGGAGGAGGGGAAGGGCGCGACGCGGCCGGCGGCGCGCGGCGAUGACGUAAUAGGGCGCGUGCUGCGGCGUUGUUGUUGUCAGUGGCAGCUCAGGUGAGCGGUGGGUCGCCCGAUGGGUCAGAGAGUGUGGGGUGUGUGUGUUUUCGUGUACACAAAUAUAAAUAUUCUAUUGAUUAUACAUGAGCAGCUACGUGUAUACAUUUCAAUAUUUUAAUGUUUCAAUAUUUUAAUUGUUGAAUUUUAAUCUUGUUUUUAAGUUGUAUUCAUUCAACUUGUUUUUAUUAUUGCUUGUUAGCCGCCCUGAGCCCGGCCUUGGCUGGGGCGGAGGGACUCUUCUUGCUGUUUUGGAAGUCAGGGAAAAAUUGAUUAAAAAGUGAUCGUUAUGAAAUUUCUGGAUAUACCUGUCCAUUACCUAGUCAGGAAAAUUAGGAGCAUGCAUGUUCUCUCAGUAAAAGCUUGACUUGUUAGAAACUGAGAUAUGAAAGCUAGGAGCUAAAUGGCACCUUAAACCUAGGUUAUGGGUGCAACAAUGUUUAGGCACACUUUAUAAUAAGACUACAAAGCUGAAAAUAAAUGAACUGCUGCUAAAAUAUUAUGUUCUUUUUUCACAUGGUCUAGCUCUUCCCCUGCCCACCCCCCUAAUAUUCUUAAGCAAGUCUCUUAUCCAGUCUUAAGAGAGUAGCUGGAAGUGGGAAAGCAGAAAAAGGUCCUCUUUUCCUUCCAUUUUGCAGUUUUUACCUGAAAUCUUAGGUGCAUUACUACUCCCAGAGCUCAGAAACUGUUCACCCUAAUGAAAUUCCUUGUUGUAAAAUGCGCCUAGAACAAUGGGAGUUUUGAACACUUCUUGAAGGUGCUGCCAGCAUUUUCAGUGUGGUGUGUGUUGGAGGAGUUCUUAUUGUGCUUGUGUAAAUGGUCUUGAAAGAUUUAUUUCUAAAUGGUGCUUUUUCAGGAAGUACAGAAUGGAGAAACUGAACCUUGCAGCAACAGAAGAUGCAGUGCAGUACCAGUUGUUCUUAACACAUAAACCAGAAGACCCUGCACACUGUCAAAAAAUUCUUCAACAAUACAUUGAAAGAAUAUUAGCACACCUUGCACCCAUGCUGGUUUCCUAUAUUUGGCAAAGCCAACCAUUUAAUCUGAAUUACAGACCUGCCAAAGGUAAAGCUAUUAUAUUUGCUUCCAUUCUGUUUUGAUGUUUGUGAAUCUAGAGCAAGGUCUCCCAAUUCUGUAAGAAACAAUAGAAGAUGCAGGUAGUGAUUCUGUAGCAUUAUACAGGCUGUCUUGAGCUUUUAUACUGAAUUAUCAUGAUUUAUGCUGACCCAAUUGGACACUAAACAGUUAUUCUUUGCAACAUUCUGAGCAGCAGAGUAAAUUUUUGUUCUGAUCAUAAUUUUAUAAUGAAUAUUGGAUUACCUGAAAAUUGUCGAAUUUUUGCCAUACUGGAUAUUUCUGUAUGGUUUUUGAGGCCCUUAUUUAAAUGUUUCCUAUGCUCUUAAAACUAUGCUUAUAUUUCUAUUAUUAUUCAGAAACAGCAAAGUCUAGUUUCAAUUAUUCAGAAAAAAAUGCAAAUGAACAUAAAUCUCUUAGCCGAAUCAUCAGCCUUGUUGUAAGAGGAAACGGAGCUCCUCCAGCCUUCUCUUAUUGCAGCCUUCUCUUGAUUACAUUUCUAUUUACUUCUAAAAUAGAAUACAAAUUGGUUUUGUUAGAGUUACCAUCUAUUAUUUACAUUGUGUUUUGCAAAGAGCAGUUUUGACAGAGCCCUGUCCCAAGGAGUUUACAGUUUUAAAAUAGACACUUGGGGGAGGGAGGAGAUGGAGGCGAUGGCAGCAUAGGAUAAGAUCAUACUAUGAACUUCAAUGAGUAUACUUUGGCUGGAUUGCUAUAAGGUAUUGGGAACAGACGGUAAUUUCAAAGACUAUCUGGAAAAUAGUCUGGUGGUAAUAUACUGUAGUCUCAUUUCCCCUUCUCUUUUUUAGAACAUAUUCCUGCUCAUAUUGGUGGUCUCACAAAGUUUGGGGAUAAUAUUGAAGAUGAAUGGUUUAUUGUAUACCUUAUCAAGGAAAUUACAAAAGAGUUUCCAGAAUUAGCAGCCAGGUACCUUUUCAUUACCAAUUUUUACAUUCAGAAUUUGACACUUGCUGAUUAAGGUGUCACUUGUGGAAGCAGCCUAAGCCAAAAUUGUGCAUGUUUUCUAUAUGUUAAACCAUUAGAUUUAUAUUAUACUAGUGUCCAAUGGAGGGGGGUAUUCAGUUAAGAAUGGGCCAUAGUUUGAUUACAUCCAAGUAAUUUAUAGAUUUUCUUUCAUUCUUGCUAAAUCAGGACGAGAAUGUUUUAUGUUUACAUAGGAGUAAAGCUGCAGUCCUGUACACAUGUGCCUGCGUAAGCCCCAUUGAGUUCUGUCAUUAUUUUCCAUUUCAAUAGGGUGGACGAUAAUGAUGGUGAAUUCCUUCUCAUAGAAGCAGCUGACUUCCUUCCCAAGUGGUUGAAUCCUGAAAACAGCUGCAAUCGGGUAAGAGAGAUUUAAGUGUGCUAGCUACCAAACCAGUGCUAAACCUAUGCCUGUGUUUAUAUGGGCUAUGCUUAUUUAACCUGUUCAAAAUGGUGGGGUUUUUUCCUGUGCUACCUCGGAAGUGCCCCCCCCCAAGUGGCUCAAAAUGCUUUCAAUGUUUAUCUUACAGAAAUACAAUGUUGAAGACUUUUAACAUUGUGGGAUUUCUGUUUCGUUUUCUUGUUUCUUAUGAUAAAUUGUGAAUCUGUAACUUGGAUGAAGUACUUUCAGACUUAGCAAAGAAAUGUAUGUUUUUGUCAGGUGUUCUUUCAUUGUGGGGAAUUAUGCAUAAUUCCACUGCCAAAAACUCCUGAAGAAGAGACCUUAUUACCUGCUAUCAGUCCUACAAUUCCUCAGGCGCUGAAGUUGCUAUCUGCCCAUUCUGGUGGCUUUGUGGCUGCAAAAUCUAUUAGAACAGCAGUAUACAAACGCAUCAGUGGGUAAGUGACCUGAUCUGAAAAAAAUGUUUCUAUUAGCUUGUCUGGAAUGCUUCACAUACUGCUUAGGUGUCCAUGUUAUGGUGUGUUUUCUAUGAUAAAGGCAUGGGAGUUUUUUCUAGGCUUCCUCUCAGUGUUGCUGUUGGUUGCAUGUUCUGAACAGAUUUCUAAACAAUAUUGUAAUGAAAGGACUGUGUAACCAUUGACAUCCAAGGCUAUGCUCACACCUGGCUUGUGCAAAAAAAAGGAGAGGUAGAGAAAUACAUUGCUAAAAUCUGGCAGCUCCAGUCUUUUAGUCAUUUGUCUAUGAGAAAAUAGCGUUAGCAGAUUUUAACACAGACUAGUGGCUCCCCCUCCCCCCCCCCCGCCUUCAAGAACAGACAAAUUACAAAUGAUACUGAAGCAAGAGUCUCUUUGGAUAGAAAAAAAUUUCAAGUCACAUGCGUUGCAGCCCAAUACUAACUUGGGAGUAAGCCCCAUUAGACUCACCUGGGUAAAUUGUAGGGUUUGUGGAAGUCUGGGAGAAAACAGUUUUUCUUUGACUCUGUCCAGACUUUGAAUAUAUCCAACACUGUAGAUAGGCUUUUAUAAAUAUAUUUUGCUACCUUAAAUCUGACAUACAGAUGUAUGUUGCUAGACCAAAGGAGAGAAAUUACUUUCAUAUAAACAAGGUUUAUACUGUACGCUCAAACUAUGUGUCUUAAUCAGCAUCUUGUUACAAUUUUGUGCCACAGGUAUCCUGAGCGAAUCCAGACUUUCCUUCACCGAGCUCACUGUUACCUUCCAGCUGGUAUUGCAGCAGUACUGAAACAAUGUCCUGCAUUAGUAUCUGCAGCAGUCCAAGCUUUUUAUCUGCGAGACCCCAUUGACUUAAAAGCAUGCCGCAUUUUCAAAAUUUUCCCUCCAGAUACACGCAUAAUGACUUCAGUAAGUGAUGAUUCUACAAGUCCCAUCAUGUGUGCUUUACUUAAGGUUUUAAAUGGGCUUUCAUGCCAUCUUUUUCCUGUGUAUGAGACGAGCAGAAAUGCAAAAAUGAUUGAAACCCCACCUAUUGAAAUCUACUUUUGUGAGAAGCAUUAAUUUUCUGCCAUGGUGUAAUAGAACAAAGAAAAUGUAUGAAAAUAGAACAUGAAAACACGAAGUAGGCAUGGCCCAGGAUCAAAAGAGUCCUGUGGUUUUUUCACAUCUGAAGCUUUCACAUCAGAUUUUUCUUCUCUGUGUCUAGUCAGGCUAUGCUUAAUGAUACUCAGGGCAAUGAGUCAUUUUGUUAAUGUGUGCGAGGGGCUGGAAUGGAAAGGGAGGGCCUGAGCAGAAAUCUGCAUGCAGCUCUUUUGAUGCUGGCCAUAACAUUUUAUCGCAUUAAGAGAGCGUGAUGCUGAUGCUGAAUAAUAAUAUUAUUUAUUAAUGAAUUUAUAUAACAUUUUGUGACAAAAUGGGCUUUUGAGCAGUUUUCGAAAUAUAAAAACCAGUUACACAAACAUAAAAAUAUCUGUAAUUCAAGUUAAAACAAUUCCAUUAAAACACAGCAAUUAAAAUGGGAAACUCAGGUUGCAUGAUCAAGGGAAUCCCUGUGUAAGCAGUUGUGUCUUCAGAAGUCAGCAGAAUGCCAUUACAGAUCAGGUCUCAUAUUUUAGCAGGGAGUACAUUCCGUAACACCAGUACCACCAAUGAAAAAGCCUGUCUCUGUGUUACCAUCAGCUGAUCAUAAUCAGACCUCAGCAUCUAACUGAUGUACAGUACUGUGGCAUAAGCUUUACAGGCUCAUGUUACUCAAAUUCAUCUUAGUGCAUCUGAUGAAUCAAGCUGUGGGUUAUCAAACAUCAUGAGUCAUUAGACAGGAAGUCCCCAAUGUGUCAAACAGUAUAUAUUUGGAAAACCUUGUGUGUAUUUUUCCAGUUUCCAUAAUGCCUGAAAUACUAGUCAAGGUACAUUCAAAUGAAGCAGCUGCAAAUUUAAUAAAAUGUUGUGAUCAUUUCAGGUUACUUUUACGAAGUGUCUGUAUGCACAGUUGGUUAAACAGACGUUUGUACCAGACAGACGAAGUGGAUAUUCAUUGCCUCCUCGUUCACAUCCUCAGUACAAAGCAUAUGAACUAGGCAUGAAAUUGGUAAGCCUGUACUUGAUAUUUCCACACACAAAACUUUUGUUUGGCUUCAUUAAGAACUCUCUGGAGACAGUUUUCUGAAGAUUUGGUAUUGUUUAGUUUGAGAGAUUUUCUACCCGUGUUACCAAGAGGGUUGCAAAUAUGUUCCUGAUUUCAGUGAACGCUUGUCAGUUUCUUAUAUAUAUAUAAAAACUUUUUUUCAUUUGUUUUUAAUUGUUUUAGCUAGUUGUAUGUUUUAUUAAUGUAUCUAACUUUAAAAGUCUGUGACUGUAAUAAAUCACUCAUUUUACUCUGUAUCUCUUACAGGCUCAUGGUUUUGAAAUUCUGUGUUCCAAGUGCAGAUCACCUUCUGAUGAUUCCAAGGAACGCACGUUGAAUGUUCCACUGUGGGAUACCUUUCUCAACAGUCUCAAGAAAAACAAUUAUUUUAAGGUGAGAUUCUGCAAAAACCACUUUAUCAUUUAACUUUGUGAAUUGCAGGUCACGUGUUUCAGCUAUAAUGUCACCAUAAUUGCCUUGGGCCAGAAACGUCCAACUCCCAAGAGACAGAGAUCUACUCACAGUAGAAAAAGAUCAGCUGUGGUCUACCCAUUGUCAUUGCCAGUUGUUGAGCUUUUUUUAGAGAUCACGCGAUCACGAAACUUCAUACUGCGAUCUACCUGGGACACCCCUGCAAUCUACCUGUUGGACAUGCGCUGCUGUGCCAUGGACCAAAUUUGCAUUAAGUGCUUUGAAGAUGAAACAAGAUUUGUUCCCGCCCAGAGUCAUAGACCAAAAGGAAUUGUACCUUUUUCUUCACUUAUGCAAAGUCAACCGAAACAGGAUUUUUCAGGGUCUUGGAGGGUGAAUAUAAGAGCUCAACUAGAAGGUUCAGUUUCUCGUAAUUAAUCUGUUUCUGGACUUCAGGCUAUAGAUUAGGAAUUUGGUGAGGUGUUUAGAAAUCAUUUCCCAAUCCGGAGUGUUAUUAUGCAUUAGAGAGUUCAUGAACCUCCCCACACAUACGUUGCAUCGUGGACGUUUCCUUGUAUACCUGUAUCAGAGCAGAAUGUAUUGACCUAUUAUAUUUGAAUUUCGUAGGGAGAGCUGGAAGGUUCUGUGCAGUAUCUCAAUCUGUUGCACAGAGCAGAAAAUUAUUUCCGACAUACUGUAAUCAGCCCACAAAGGUAAGAACGCCAAGAUGGCUUAUAUAAAUUUUGCUGUGCUUAGCUUUUCUAGUUACCUUAAAUUCUGUGUAUUUUCCUUACACUGGCACUUAAUGUGUAUGUAUACUGCAAAUGUAGAUUAUUAAUUGCUGUGAAAUAUUUAUUUCUAACAUACAGUUCCCACUAGAUUAUACAGUCAUGGAAUGAUAGAAUGGUAGACUUGGAAGGGUCCCUGAGGGUCAUCUAGUUCAGCCCCCUACAAUGCAGGAAUCUCAACAAGAUUAUACAUGACAGAUGGCCAUCCAUCCUUUGCUUAAAAACCUCCAAGGAAGGAGAGUUCACCACCUUUGGGGAAGUCUGCUUCACUGUCAAAUAGCUUUUAUUGUGUUUCCCCUUAUUUUGACUUGGUGAACAUACAUCCACAAAAAGAAAUUGUGCCAUAUGGAAUUGUUGACAAAUAUUUUUUCUAAGAAUGUACCAACACUGUGUCAAAAGUUUUCUGUUAGUCGGAUUAAGACUGCCUAAACAUAGUUUAUAAACACUGAACCUUAAAAAUACGUACUACAAACGUACUGGAAAAAUAAGUAUAGUAAACUAGUACAGUGGAUAAUGUUCUGCAGAGAGACUUCAACCCUUUCUAGAUUUUUCGCUACUGCUGGCUUCCAGACACAUGUAUACAUACCAAAAUACUCAAGAUUUUCACACCCGUACACAGUUUUUCCUACACCUGUGUAUGUGAAACAUAGCAUGUAGUAAUUGUGAAUGUAGUGAGCUAUACAACUAGAAAAGUGGUUGUAAAUUGUGUGUGCCCAGCAAGUUUUAUUUGCAUUUUUAGAAUUGUGUUGUCUUCUUUGGUAGUUCAGUUGCCGAUAGCCCAGGUGAAGAAAUUCUGAACAUAUUGAAAGCAACUUCCUUUAAUUUGGAGGAUUUUGGAAAAGAAACCACCAGCCUUCCUCCAGAAGAUGGUAAGAAGAGUGAAUGAAAGAACAAAGUCACAACCCGAACAUCCUGAAGAUUUAGUGCCUUUUUACCAUGUCUCUUUUUUUUUGCUUUGAUUGUCAGAUGCAGCAACUAACAGAGUGGCCACAUUUUAAGCAGCAUGUAUUGUGUCCUUCUCUUUCAGAUGACAGUUGGUUGGAGAUCUCUCCAGACACACUGGAUCAAAUUCUUAAGGAGGCAGUGGGCACAUACAAAUCCACUCAUACCUCAGACGAGGAGGAAGAGAACUAUGACUUGUCGCAGAUCACUGAAAACAUGAAGGCUUUUAUAUCUAAAGUCUCAACUCAUGAAGGAGCAGAAAUGCCAUGGUAUGCUUUUAAGUACCUAAUCAAGUUUCUGUGUAGUGGGAGUCAUUUCAUUUGUUUAGUAGUUCAGCUUUCCACGCAGACAUAGUGAAGUCAGAGAGCCUGAAUUUUGCAUCAUGGAAAAACUUUUAAGCAUUUACAAAAUUGCCAACCAUGUCCUUUAGUUGCUUUGUUAAAUUGGCUCAUCCGGAACUAGUUAACUGUGGCAAAAAUAGGAAAUGGAAAAACUCCAGAAAUGCAAAACCUAUUCAGAGAUGGUAUAGAAUCUAUGGAUAAUACGGGGCCUGUACAAUUUGGUUGCUCUGUACAAGUUGUUUGGUCUCCUACACACACACACACACACACACACACACACCAUUUCUCCAUGAGUUUGGCAGUGGCAGCAGCAGCAGCAAACAAAGCUUUCACACACUCAGCAGUUGAUCCACCAGGUAAGGCAGAUGGAUUGUGUGGUGUGACUGGCAUGUUGGCUGCAAUAAGCUGGAGAAAUUGACGCCAGCUCCCCUAAGCCCCCAGAGAGAGGGAAAGUACUAUGGAUGUGAUGAGCGCAGACAUUUUUCACUCAUAUAUUUGAUGGAUUGGGUGGGCUUGAACACUCCCAAAAGAUGUGGCAGAAAGAUACAACCAGCAGGUAUUUGGAAUUCCCUCAAAAGGCCAGAAAUACACAGGGAGAAGACAAUUAGUCAGUGGACUUUAUAUGAUACAUGUCUGUCUGGUCAAUGUGCAUGACUUUAAAAAUAUGCAGGCCCGAUAAGUUAAUGUUUAGGUGAUGGCUGUCUUUAGUCAAAAGUCUUACUUUGAAAGACUUUGAACCAUCCUGGUCAUACAUAGCAAAUUCUGCCAACCUUCAUAGGCAGACUGGAUCGAAACAUGUUUUUUUCUUGAAUAGUAAUGUUACUGUGCUGCAACAAAAACAGGAGUUAGUAUAAGCUUUAGACCGUACAACUGAAGUAUCAUUUAUGCUGAUUCUACCACUGUAUUUGUAAUUAUUUCUGUGCUUUUCUGUUAAUAUACAAUGGGCUGGGUCCAACGGUCCCUGAGUAAAUCUCUGCUCCCAGAAAAGGGGAGCUGAUGUGAUUUUUCCAGAUUCCUUCUGAAGACCCACCACCACUACCCCCCCCCCAAAAAAAAAUGUCUGGGCAGGUUGGAUGACAUCUUAACAGAGUGGGAGGUGGCACAAGGGACUGCAGUGGGGGAAAUCUGCAAAUUUUGCUUUGCUGUUCCUGUUUGCAGAAGCUUCCACUGGAUUAAAGCUCCUUCUGCAAAUAGGACUCCUUCCAUUCAUGGCAGGGCUCUGCUGAAUCCGGACCAAUAUAUUCUUUCUCAAAUACCAAACACCAGAUGUACAAAAAAAAUGCAAUUAUGAACUUUUUACUUUCAGGUCUUCUGCUGAGGCCUCUGUCACUUUUGAUGUGGACUCAUUCACAAAUGCAUUAGAUAAAAUACUGGGUGAGUUUACUGCUGGUGGUGGAAAUUGAGAGAUAGAAGUAUCUUGAAAUAUAAAUCAUGUUAUCCUUUUGCCUGAAUCUCUUUGUUUAUUACCUGCCUUUUAUCCUAGAUCCCCAGAUCAGGAUAUAUAAACUACAAUCCAAUCUCAAAAUAAAGUAUAAUCAGCAAAAAGUAAAACAGCAAUAAUAAACGCAUAAAGCAGAUAUAACAUUCUUCCCAAAGUAUUAGCAAGCAGUUUUAUUGGUUAUUCAAAUAUAUUCUCAUUCUCUCUUUCUCCCUGGGGGCAUUGAUUCUAUUAUAUUUCUAGGAGCAAAUUCAGAAGAGUUGGACUCUGAUGAUUUAGAAGAGGAAGAAGAGUUUGAAUUCCUAGACAGUGAUGAAGAAUCUGAGCUAAAAGCUGAAAGUCAUGGGGAAACAGUAUCACAGAGUAAAACACCUGGAAGUCUCAGAUCAUACAUGGAUGAAAUGGACUCUGAACUGGCAUCCACCAAUAUUGGGAAAAGCUUUACUAGUCGGCCCAAAGUGGUAUGUUUAACUUAGAUUUCCUAUCUAGGGACCAUUAGGGAGAAGAAAGAAGUAUGCAAUCAUUAUGUUGUUCCAAAAAACCCUACAAUUUAACCUUGCAUAGUGCUUCUAACAUUUGGCUGUCUCUGCCAACAGCUAUGUGAUUUCAUUAAAUAUCUCUGCAUGCAACAUAAAUAAAAACAUAAUUGAAAUUUCACUGUUUACCUUUUUCUACAGGUUGGGUCUGGUAAAGGAUCUUCGUCCCAAGACCCUGACAGUGAUUUUGAAGACAACAUUGGUGCAGAAGACACUGACUUGGCACCUGUGGAUAUAGACUUGAACCUUGUGACUAAUCUGCUGGAAUCAUAUAAUGCUCAAGCUGGACUAGCAGGACCUGCCUCUAAUCUCCUACAAAGCAUGGGAGUACAUUUGCCUGAAAAUACGGACAAAAAAUCUCACUAGCGGUUCAAAUGGAGAAAUCUGGUUACAUGUCAUAACAGAAGCCCAAGAGCUGUUCUUGGGUUUUUAUUUUUUUAGUGAGGGAUGAAAGCUUUUCAGAACCCAGGAGACCUAGUAUGCAAACUACUUUAAAUACAUGUGAGCAGCAUACAGUAUUCAGUUUCACUUGCUAUCCUUGCGGAACCAACUUUUUUUAAAAAAAAAAAGUCAUGGGUGUAUACAGUAUAAGAAAUUAAGAUGGAGGAUUGAAAAUAUUUUUCUAUAAGACUUUUUAUAUUCAAUAAAAGGCACGUAAAUGUACAUUUUUUCACGUUGUCAUUUUAGUACUAAAAAUAUUAGAAAGGCGCAGAGUGCUUCUGCAAAGACAGUGCAAAAAAUCAAAACACCAACUCUACCCUUUUUUUCUUUUUUUGCUUACUAGUUGUAAUAACUGGAAAUCUGAUUAUCUUUCAGUGCAGCUUCUUUAUAUUUAUCUCCAAUAUUAGAUAAUUAGGCAUUCAGUGAUUAUGCAGGAAAAGCUUUCUGCAUAUAUUGGUGUGGUUAAGCAGUUCAGAGAAGGCAACAUUAAUCUGCUGAGCUGAUCGCGGCUGUUAAGGGUUUCUUUGUGUUCUUUGUACAGAUAUAUUUUCUGUUUUUUUGAACAGCACUUGCACUAGGAUUGACCUUGCUUGCCAACAUUUAGGCUGUCAGUAGCCUAUUUUACGUAAGGAGUCAACUGUAGGUUGAAGUCCUGUUGCAUCUGAGUCAGAUCUGACUUCUGUCUCAAGUCCUAAGUAUAUCCCUUUGAACUGGCUUUCAUCUUCCCCAUCUGCAAUAUGAACAAGUUGAUUUAAUAAGUUGCCAAAUGAUGUCAUAAUCUCUCCAGCUUGUGAAAGUAAACUAAUUUCAAAUGAAAUAACUCACUGUCUGUUAAAAGUAAAACCAAGCCAGAUUACUGCCUUUUCUUCAAGCUCUUUUUUCCCCCAUACAAAAUUAAAUAAUUGUAAUGGGGAAAAUGUUUUUCUUUUCUCCCUUCAUUAUAGUUUGCAUUAAGAUUGUUUUUAUUGUCUUUCCAACACCCCUUACGGUUAAAACUCAACUUUGACGUAGCUAAACAUUCAAAAACAGCUGUAGGCAAAAAAAAAGAUGGUUCUAGAACAGCGGUUCUCAACCUGUGGGUCCCCAGAUGUUGUUGGACUACAGCUCCCAUCAUCCCUGAGCUCUGGCCUUGCUAGCUUGGGGUGAUGGGAGUUGUGGUUCAGCAACAUCUGGGGACCCACAGGUUGAGAAAAGCUGUUCUAGAAUGCUCUUAUCGUCUUUCUGUUCUCAAGUAGUGACUGGAAGUAUAUUUUAAUUUUGAUACUGCUUUUUCAUAUCCGUAAGUUAUACAUGAUGAAAGUUUACAGCUGAAGAACAAACUGCAUCCUGAAGUGGGGGGGGGGGUGUCUCAAGUGCAGUGCUGCUUCCUGCCUUCACAUGGUUCCAUGUCACAACUCAUUUGUGUUUGUGGGAACAGUGGAGAACUUAAAUCUUCAACUGUUUUGUCCAGGAGUAGACUCUUGAUUCCCAGCAGCCCCAGUCACUAUGGACAAUGGUCAGGCAUGAUGUUGCAAGCCAUGAACAAUGAGUGGACUACAAGUUACUCACUCCAAUUUAGCAGCUUUCUGAAGUGUAAGGUUGCCACCAACUAUUAGUAGCUUCAGUAGUUGCUACUGAAAACGGGUGGGUGAAAGGAGAAAUUACUUUUCCCACUAAAGAAUGAGUAGCUUUCAGUUGUCCCAUGGAAGCCAAAAGCCUUGGCUCCCAAACAAAUCGGCUCCCGAAUGAUCGAAACCCAGAAAUGAGUGUCCCGGUUUUCGAACGAUUUUUGGAAGCCAGACGUCCUGCAGCCAAUCGGAAGCCAUGCUUUGGUUUUCGGGCGGUUCCAGGAGUUGAACUGACUCCCAGAACGCAUUCUGUUUGAAAACCAAACCACUGCAUUUCCUUUUGUAAAAUGGAAUGUAGGGGUCUGUUUACAAGGUUCAAGUUUUACUGUAAAUAUGACCACCCUGCCUGAAGUAUUUUCUUCUGACUUUUCUAUUAAGUACCAAUAAGUAUCUGCUUCUGGCCUUUCUCAAAAGAAGGAAUAUAGCAAAACAUUUUACCACAAUAGGAGGAAGUACUGACAUUCAUUUCUAAGCUUCAAAUCCACCCUUCUCUUGGAACUGAAUACAUCCCUAGAGAGAGGGGGUGUUAUGCAAAAACAAAAAAAUAGGAGUAUUACAGCUGCUCAUAACGACUCUCAAGAUAGCUAAAAUACUUGCAGAGUCAUUUGCUAGUCUUUCAACAUGCAUGGAAAAUUAGGACAUGCUCUACCUUAAACAUGAAUAUCAAUUAAAAUAAAUCUUAACAGUUCAUUUAUCAAGCAUCCUCCCCAACAUAAGUAUAGGAGGUCGUGGAUGAAAAGUGUAACAUUUGUUGAGGCCAAAAGAAGCCCUCCACUCCACUUUGGUUCCAAGAAUCUCAUAAGGUCUUUUUCUCGGAGAGUGGCAGGCCCCAAUACAGUGUUCUGCUGGGCUGAAACAUCUACUGAUCUUUCCUGAGGAAAGGGCAGUUGCUGUGCCUUCCACAUUUUGACUGAUAAGCAGGCUCCUGAACUGAAAGUGACCUCUAUAUAACUGAUCUGAGUUUCCAUCUGGAACAUUUAAUUAAAUAAGCUGUCGAACGAAAUGGGUGCUUCAACCGCAUUUAUCACUGCAACCUUAUUCCAGCUAUAUUUUUGCAGCAUUUUCGAACAAGAAAACAGUUGAGCACUCUGGCUCGGAAGCAGUGUAUGGGCAAUAUUCCCAGAAAGAAGAAAUCUGGACUGAUGGAAUCCUUUUUAUUUGCAGGAUGAGAAUGUUAUACACAGACAACGCCCAGGACAGGAAAAAUUGUGAACUACCAUAGAGAAACAAUGAAGCAAAUAAUAAUAAUAAUAAUAUAAUAAUAAUUCUGGUUUGGUAUAUCAGUUCCUUAAAAGAAGUAGGAAACAGUUCAAACCUCAGUGAGCUUAUAGCAAUAGCAGUAAAUACCAAGAGCUGCAUUCUAAAGGCAAGUCUAACUACUUUCUGCCAGGAAGAUGGAAUUCAGUUGCAGGCUGUCACAGAGGAAGUGAAAUAGAAGAUGAGAGCUGAACGCCUUUACUAACGUGAACUUUACAAAUAACUAGAGUAUUCGUUUUUCAGCUGCCGGCUGGCUUCAAACUGUUUAGAAGUUUGUACAAUUAAGUAGCAUAUAAAUGUCACUAAAUAAAAUAAAUAAAUCACAUUUCUGGUGGCGUAAGCUUU